CAAAGACAACAGCUUUCACAAUGGCCUUCGGAAAGAUUUACGGUCAGCCUAACAACGGUCGCACCAUCGCUGCCCUCGUCGCGGCUAAGGCCAACGACGUUGAGCUCGAGCUGGUGCAGACUGAGGCCAACGCCGAGGCAGAGUUCAACAAGUCUGCUGAGUACACCAAGCUCAGCCCCCUCGGCAAGAUCCCUGCUUUCGAGGGUGCCAAUGGUUACACUCUCUCCGAGGCCAUUGCCAUUGCUGUCUACGUGACCUCCCAGAAUGAGAAGACCACCCUCUUGGGUAAGACCAAGCAGGACUACGCUUCCAUCCUCCGCUGGUUGUCCUUUGUCAACGCGGAGGUUCUCCCCCGCCUCGGCGCUUGGUACCGUCCCCUCUUGGGCUUGGACGGCUACAACAAGAAGAAUGUUGAGGAAGCUUCCAAGGCUGCUCUGAAGAACAUCUCCGUUUUGGAGAAGCACCUCACUGCCAACACCUUCCUCGUUGGCGAGCGUAUCACCUUGGCUGAUAUCUUCGCCGCCUCUCUCCUCACCCGUGCCUUCGCCACCGUUUUGGACAAGAAGUUCCGUUCUGAGAACCCUGCUGUCACUCGUUGGUUCCAGACCAUUGUCAACCAGCCCUACUUCAAGGCUGUUGUUGAGAACCCUGUUCUUGUUGACGAGGUCAUCAAGUACACCCCUCCCAAGAAGGAGGAGAAGCCCAAGAAGGAGGCUGCUCCUGCCCCUGCUGCCGAGCCCAAGCCUGAGGGUGAGCAGAAGAAGCCCAAGCACCCACUUGAGGCUCUUGGCAAGCCCGAUUUCAUCCUCGAUGACCUCAAGCGUACCUACUCCAACGAGGAUACCCGUCCUGUUGCUCUCCCUUGGUUCUGGCAGAACUUCAAGGCCGAGGAAUACUCCCUGUGGAAGGUGGACUACAAGUACAACAACGAGCUCAAGCUCACCUUCAUGGCCAACAACCUGAUCGGUGGUUUCCACGCUCGUCUUGAGGCUUCCCGCAAGUACCUGUUCGGUGCUCAGUCUGUCUACGGUACUAACUACGACUGUGUCAUCCGCGGUGUCUUCCUGGUCCGUGGUCAGGAGUUCAAGCCUGCCUUCGAUGUCGCCCCCGACUGGGAGAGCUACGACUUCGAGAAGCUUGACCCCUCCAAGGAGGAGGACCGCAAGUACGUCGAUGACAUGUGGGCUUGGGAUGUCCCUGUCACCGUCGACGGCAAGGAGUACCCCUGGGCUGACGGCCACGUCUUCAAAUAAGCUAGUGCAUUAGGUCCUGUGGCAAAUUCAUGAUGUUACGUCCUAAUUUCUUAUCGUUGGGUGGCCAUUCUCAUAUUCGGCCUAAAAAAAAAAACACUUCUCAUCACAUAUACCCUAGGGCUGGAGAGUACUACGAUUCAGCACGACUUGUGGUUCAGGUUUUCUGCAUCGUGCCGCCCGUACAGGUCUCCGCCCCAUCCAUAUCCCGUCUAAUGUCUACACUGUCCAUGACGGUUUACGCUUUCUGAAAAAACUUUUGAUCAUGUCACGCUUACGAAUUGAGAUGUCGGAUGAUGCAGUAGCUAACCUAGUUUAGCACUAAAUAGCACUUUGUGCUCACUCAACCACUUCUGAUCCC